CCGGUUAACGAGUCUCACCAAAAGCUCCUUCCGGACAAGUAUUUACAGAAUACCAGGAACUGUCGUGCUGAAAGUUAAAUAUUCUAUAAUAAUUAAUUAAUAUAUAAAGCUCUUUCUUGAUUAUGCAAUUUAAUUUAUCUUUACAUUAGUCAAAUUUUUAAAACUUUCAUUAUGUCGAGACAGAUAUUAAAAGUUGCUGAUCCUAAGAAAGUUAGUUCAGAAUUAUUUGCACUGACCUAUGGCUCUUUGGUAGCACAAAUUCUCAAAGAUUAUGAGAAUGAUGAAGAUGUAAACAAGCAGUUGGAACGAAUGGGCCAUAACAUUGGUGUACGAAUUGUUGAAGAUUUUCUAGCCAGAACUAGUUCACCAAGAUGUCAUGAUUUUCGAGAUACUUCUGAUAAAUUGCAGACUGCCUUUAAGCUGUAUCUUGGGAUGAGUCCAGUAAUUAGCAACUGGAGUCCAGCUGCAGAUGAGUUCUCAUUGCUUCUUGACUCUAAUCCCCUGACAGAAUUUGUAGAACUCCCAGAAGGUCACCACUCACUCAAAUACUGCAAUAUUCUAGCAGGAGUUAUUCGUGGUGCUCUUGAAAUGGUUCAAAUGGAAGUACAGACUUGGUUUGUGCAGGACCAAUUAAAGGGUGAUAACACUACAGAACUACGAGUGAAAUUUGUACGUAAACUGGAAGAAGCUGUACCAGUUGGGGAAGACUAACUUAUAUGCAUUCCUGUAAUGAAAAAAAGAAAUCAAUCAUAACCCAUUUCCAUCUUGUAUUGUGAACUUUAAUCAGAGAUUAAUGUACAUAUUUGAUAUUGAAAUGAAAUCAUUAUACUUUAUUUUGCAUGUUACCUGUAAUAAUUUGUAAGACUAUUAUUAUGAAAUAGAAAAGCUUUCUCUCUCUCUAUUUUUGUUUGUUUCCUGUUUUAUAACAUUAUAUAUUCUCAAAAUCAAUAGUUGUUGUGAAAAUAAGUGAAUUUUAAUAUGAAGAUUGAUUUAACUAAAAAUAUUAUGUUAAAAUUAAUCAAAAAAAGUUUCAAAGCAUUAGUUGAAUUUCAUGUUUAAAAUUUUGAAAUCUAAAUUUGUAAUCUGAUUAUUUGAAACAUGGAAAAAUAAACUCUGACCAUAUUUGGUAAUGUAUCUACCAAAUAUUACUGUAUAUCGAGUAUUUUUUUGGAAGGGGGGGAAAUACUAAUGAUGCAUGAAUUGUCAAACUCAAUGGCAGCCUUGUAUGACAUAUCUAGUAGGUCCAGAUAAGUCAUAAUUUUCAAUGUAAAUUAGAUAUUAAAUUUUCAGUAUACUUCAUGAAUAUACUUAAAGAAUAUAAGGCAAGUUUGACUUUCAGUUCUUGCUAAUAACUGCUUACAGCUGUUUGUAGAGGGUAUUGAUUGCAUUAAAGAGAUAGCAGUAAAUCUCUUAUGCAUAACUUGUUCAUGAUUCCUCCAACAAAGUAUUUAUGAGUGCCAGUUGUAACAGACAUCAAAGCCAUGUUAUUUUAACCUUGCAACUAUUAUGUUUAUUGUGUACAUGAAUAUCUUUAAUGAAAUUCAGUCCUAUGAUACCUUAGUACCAUUUAAACUUUGUUCACAAGUGUUCUUUUAUAACACACAUUGUUUUCUGUAAUGUAACUUCACUUCUUGAUUCCUCAUGUAAACUGUGCAGAUAAUAAACAAAAAUUUUCUUACUUAGCUUUCAA